AUGGGAGAGUACUACGCCAACCCUCACAAUCACUUCUGGGCGGUCCUUGGCUACGUUAUCGGUGACCAUCGAUUCGCCUCGUUGGACUACUCAUCACGUUGUGAUGUAUUGAAGUCGAGGGGCAUCGCUGUUUGGGACAUUUGCGAACAGUUCACUCGCCAUAGGAGUGCGGAUGCCACUCUCACGUGUGAAGUACCGCACGCUCAACAAAUCAGCCCCAUGCCUAUAANNNNUCAAAAGUUUGCCCGAUCGACAGCGUUUCAGUUCACCCUGGUGAUAUGA